UUAGGGCACGGAGGCUAGAAAAAUGCGGUGGGUCACAAGCGUGAGAAGAAUCAUUUCGAUAGUGUUCAAGGGAGAAGAUCCGGUGCUUCGCGAGAUGCAGGAAGCUCGGCGGAAUCAGGAGCAAAUGGUGUUAAAGGUCUUCCGUACGCUCCAUGAGGAGCUCUUGAAGAAGGAGCAAGUGAUGAUCCAGGCGCGUGAAGAAGCCACGAACAGGAUAAAGAGUGUGACCCAGCAAGUACUCGCGACGCACCCGGAGCUAUCGCAGAAUCAAAAGUCUCAAGAGCUGACCAUGGACGAGCUCUACACUUAUAUGCAGGCUCUCAAGCAGAACAAAAUUCCAUUCGAUCUCAAUGCCGACGUACGUGCCCAGCUCGAGGAGCUCAAACGCAGCAGCAAAGUUGACGACCAGAGCGACGGUUCUCCGGAUCAAGCUCGCAGUGUGGACAUCCAAGCCCAUCUCGAGGAGCUCAGCCGUGCUGACAAUCCUCCGAACGAUCACUAUCAAGCCGACACUCCUCAAGCAGAUCAAGCAGAUGCUCCUCAAGCAGCCAAAGAAGAUCACGCAAAGCCUUGAGGGACAAGUUUUGUUUUUUUCUCCCUCUCCCUUUCUUGAUAAAGCAUAGCCAAAGCAACCGUCGCUCUCGGAGCAAAGUCA